AAUGUCUUCCAUUGGUGUGGCAUGUAAGUAUUUUUCUGUUUUCUAUUCGGCUCAGAGCCACGCAUGUUGUUAUGAGAUCAAAAAAAAAAAAGUCAUAUCUCUAACUUAUUCUCUAGAUCCGCCUCCUUAGAGGCUUUCGAUUCGUGUUACGCUCGAACAGAUACAAGAAAGAACCAGGCCCAGCACAGCUCUUUCAACCUCUCAUCAUAUCGUCCGGUGGCUCCUUGAUGGAGAUGGACUACAAUUUGCACAGUGAGUCACCGAACUGAUCAUCGAGUCAACUACUAUCUGAACCUAUAAUUAACCGCCCUUUCACAGAGUCUAACAGCACAUACUUUGCCGACCUCGACGUGGCCCGAUGCCACCUGAUGUGCACUCUCUUCAAUCGCGGUGUGGACUAUGCGCGCAACACCAAGUCUCUCGACUUUCUAGGCAGCUCAGACGGCAUGGUCGGACUCGCGCUGGGGGCCGUCAGCUGCACAUUCCGUCGCGAAGUGAAGCCAUGUCAGCGCUACGAGAUCUGGUCGCGCGUCCUGACCUGGGACCAGAAAUGGAUGUACAUCGUGACGCAUUUUGUCCGGAAAGACGCGAUCAAGCCGCGCUCCUUCACCCUGCUGCCUGGCCAGGUGCGCCGCCGACAGGGAAAGCUCAAGGACCUCGCCAAGAAAGAGGAUGCGAUCUUCGCCUCGUCACUGAGCAAGUGUGUCUGGAAGAAAGGUCGGCGAACGAUCCCCCCCGAGCUUAUGCUGCAGGCUUCCGGACUCUUGCCCCCUAGGGCCGAUCAGGAGGACUUCUUUGCCUCGUUGCGCGAAGAACCACUCUCUAAGCUCAAGCUCUCGCGCCAAGCAGAGGAGGUGUACGACAUCCCGUUCAAGAUUGCGGAGAAGAUCGAGUCGACGUGGGAUGCGCUCACGGACUACUUUUCCCCAGAGUCCGAGGACUCGGAGGGCGGCUUCUCUGCCGGUCCCAAGGAGAUGCGCAAACAGGCGGAAGAUGAGUGGACGUGGGAUCGGGUCGAGCGUGAGCGACAACGGGGUAUGGAGAUCGCAAAGUCUCUCGCCGAACUAGAUCGGCUCGACGGCGAGUUCACCGCUGAGGCCGAUGCGUUGGGGUUGCGUCGGGAUCUAUGGUGAUAUAUCACGCGCAAAAAAAAAGACAUUAUUAAUUCCAGUCGAAACUUUACUCUCCUCCCUCCCCUGUCUUCGCCUUGACCUGUCUAUUCCAGACUGUUUGAUCGAAGAAAGGACCGAAGAGGAGGGGCGGUAUUUUUUUUGGUUCUUGUGGUCUCUAUCUUUUUCUGUUUUCUUUUCUUUUCUUUUCUUUUUCUUUUUAGAUUUCCUUUUCGGGGCUAUUUCUUCAUGAUUCCCAUGAUUAGUAUAGUAUGUAUGGU